AUGGCCAACGUUCGGUCUGUGAGCACUGAGGAAGCCCUUUCGUUCCACCCGCCGUGGAAGACACCAUCGGUGAUUGCUUUCCAAAUCAAGGAAGCAAAUAACAAGAUCGAUAUGGAUUGGAAGAAGAAUAUUGAUACCUCUCUCCUUUAUGAGGAUAACAACCCUCAUAACGACGGAAAGACGUACCGAGCGCUCAAUUCGGCGAGUGAAAGACCCGGACCAGAGAGCAUCGUCGCUUUAGACACGGAGUUCGUCGCCGUCCGUCAGCCUGAAAUCGAGAUGAACUCCGAUGGCGAAAGAGAGACAAUUCGGCCGAUCGUGUACGCCUUGGCUAGAGCUUCCGUUGUCCGGGGGCAAGGAGAGGACGAAGGUCUGCCGUUCAUCGACGACUAUAUCUCGAUUAGAGAGCCCAUUGUUGACUAUCUGACGUCGUACUCGGGUAUAACUCACGAUGAUCUGGACCCCCGCAUUUCCAAGCACAAUCUCGUGCCGCUGAAGGUAGCCUACAAGAAGCUUUGGAUUCUGCUAAACCUGGGCUGCAAGUUCCUCGGUCACGGCCUCAAACAGGAUUUCAGAGUAAUCAACAUUCACAUACCAAAGUCCCAGGUCAUCGACACGAUCGAUCUGUUCUUCCUGAAGUCUCGCCUACGAAAGCUCUCGCUCGCAUUCUUGGCAUGGUACUUGUUGAAGGAAGACAUCCAGCUGGAGACUCACGACUCGAUCGAGGAUGCUCGGACGGCGUUGAAGCUAUAUCGCAAGUAUUUGGAGUUCGAGGAUGCAGGUAUCCUGGAACCGAUGCUUCAAGAUAUCUACCGGGGCGGGCGAGACGUCAACUUCCGGCCGCCUGCUAGGAGCGGACAGGCCGCUGAUGUCCAAAGAACAGAUACGCCUCCUCCUUUACCUAACGAUGCUCCCUCUACGCCGGGGGCCCCGGGAGGUGGAACAUCAAGUGGCGGCUUCGGAGCGGGCUCAACUUGGACACCAGGGAAGGGUUCGCCUCUUCGGUGA